AUGUGCGUCUUUUGGUACGAAAGCAUCGACGAGAUGCACGGCAAGCUCUUCGACGGGUCCGACGACUCCAUCUCGACGCUCGACAACCUGUUCAAGGACGGCAAGCUGAUGCAGAACGGUUACGAGCCCCUGGAUGACCUCGAAAUCCAGGCUGUCUUCUCCAAAGCGCUUUACGCGCUGCUGAUCCCUCAGGCCUGGUCGCUCUCGCCCGGUCUCGGCGUCGUCGUCAUCGACGCCCAGGUCCCAUGCGGCACCAUCGAGCCGCUCAAGGACGACGUGUCGACCGAGGACGGAAACGCGUCGUGGGUGUGCUACAAGGACCGCAUGUACUUCCUCCUUGCGGCGAGUGGAGAAGAGAGAGAUUGCACCCUCGUCCCUGGAGGUGGUCCCGGUUCUUGGGAUUGCAUCUCCAACAAGUUCAGCCUCCCGCCGGGGCUGAAGACAAUGGACGGCAAGGCGUGGGCUGGCCUGACCAAGGAUGAACUGGUGCAGGGUGCUGUCAACACGUUUGAGGCCAACAACAAUCAGAACGGCGGCGAGCCGGCCAACACGAGCCUGGAGCCCAAGUCCAUCGGCACGCUUCAGGAUUUGAGCGUCACCGCCCCUGGCGUCAUCUUUCUUCCGAUCUGCACCAUCAAAGAGGCGCGCGAGAACUGGGCAUGGGUUUUUCGUGGGGGCAACCCCUCUGCCCACUAUCCCUGCAACUAA